CUCAUUCUGACAAAGCUCUACGACUUCAACCUGGGCAGUGUUACGGAGAGUUCACUGUGGAGGUCAACAGACUAUGGCACUACCUAUGAAAAGCUAAAUGACAAAGUAGGCCUGAAGACUGUGCUGAGCUACCUGUAUGUCAGUCCCACUAACAAGAGAAAGAUCAUGCUUCUUAGUGAUCCAGAGGUUGAGAGCAGCAUCCUCAUCAGCUCUGAUGAAGGGGCUACCUAUCAGAAGUACCGUUUGAACUUCUAUAUCCAGAGCUUGCUCUUCCACCCCAAGCAGGAGGAGUGGAUCUUGGCCUACAGUCUGGAUCAAAAGCUGUACAGCUCGAUGGACUUUGGAAGAAAAUGGCAGCUCAUGCACGAGCGGGUCACUCCAAAUAGGUUUUACUGGUCAGUGACUGGUUUGGAUAAAGAACCUGACCUUGUGCACAUGGAAGCUCGGACAGCUGAUGGACACACACACUACCUGACCUGCCGGAUCCAGGAGUGCUCUGAGACCAAACGGAGCGGGCCCUUCUCGCGCUCCAUCGACGUCAGCUCCCUCGUUGUUCAGGAUGAGUACAUCUUCAUCCAGGUGACAACUGGUGGAAGAGCAACUUACUAUGUGUCAUACAGACGGGAGCCUUUUGCACAGAUUAAAUUACCCAAAUACUCCCUUCCUAAGGACAUGCAUAUUAUCAGCACAGAUGAGAAUCAGGUCUUUGCAGCUGUUCAAGAGUGGAACCAGAAUGAUACCUAUAACCUGUACAUCUCAGACACCCGAGGGGUUUACUUCACCCUGGCCUUGGAAAACGUGAAAAGCAGCCGAGGAUUGGAGGGGAAUAUAGUCAUUGACCUUUAUGAGGUAGCAGGGAUCAAAGGCAUAUUCCUGGCUAACAGGAAGGUCGAUGACCAGAUCAAGACUUUCAUUACCUACAACAAGGGCAGGGACUGGCGUUUGCUACAGGCACCAGACGCUGAUCUAAGAGGGGAUCCUGUACUUUGCCAGCUGCCCUUUUGCUCACUGCACUUGCGCCUGCAGCUCUCAGAGAAUCCAUAUACUUCAGGGAGCAUUUCCAGCAAAGAGACAGCUCCUGGGCUGCUGGUGGCAACAGGCAAUAUUGGCUCUGAACUUUCCUACACGGAUGUUGGCGUGUUCAUCUCUUCUGAUGGUGGCAAUUCCUGGAGACAGAUCUUCGAGGAGGAAUACAACGUUUGGUUUCUGGACUGGGGAGGGGCACUAGUGGCCAUGAAACACACAUCAGUGCCCAUCCGACACAUGUGGGUGAGUUUUGAUGAGGGAAGAUCCUGGACUAAAUACAGUUUCACAUCAACCCCACUUUUUGUGGAUGGAUCCCUUGUAGACCCUGGCAUAGAGACCCAGAUAAUGACAGUUUUUGGGCACUUCAGUCUCCGUUCUGAGUGGCAGCUGGUCAAGGUGGAUUACAAGUCUCUCUUCAGCCGCAGGUGUACCAAGGACGACUACCAGACGUGGCAUCUGCACAAUCAGGGGGAGCCUUGUGUCAUGGGAGAGAGGAAGAUCUAUAAAAAACGCAGGCCUGGAGCCCAGUGUUCCCUAGGUCGGGACUAUUCCCAAACUGUGGUGUCUGAGCCGUGUGUCUGUGGCCAAGGAGACUUUGAGUGUGACUAUGGAUAUGAGAGGCACAGCAACAACCAGUGCAUCCCAGCCUUCUGGUUCAGCCCAUCCUCCCUGUCCAAGGAUUGCAACGUUGGUCAGAACUACUGGAACAGCACUGGGUACCGAAGGAUUGUGUCUAACAACUGCACAGAUGGCUUGAGAGAAAAGUACAUGGCCAGGAUGGAGAAAUGCCCUGGAAAAGCACCUCGAGGAUUGCACAUCCUCACCUCGGAUGGGAAGCUGGUCCUGGAGCAGGGGCACAAUGCCACCUUCAUCAUCCUCAUGGAAGAGGGUGAUCUCCAAAGGACAAACAUCCAGCUUGAUUUUGGGGAUGGCAUUGCAGUGUCCUAUGCCAAUUUCAGCCCUGUGGACGAUGGCAUCCGGCACGUGUACAAGAGUGCUGGAAUCUUCCAGGUGACAGCAUAUGCAGAGAACAGCCUGGGCUCAGACACUGCUGUCCUCUUCCUGCACGUGGUCUGUCCAGUGGAGCACGUCCAUCUGAGUGUCCCCUUUGUUGCCAUCAGAAAUAAGGAUGUCAACAUUACUGCAGUAGUUUGGCCCAGCCAGGCAGGCACGCUUACCUACUUCUGGUGGUUUGGCAACAGCACCAAGCCCCUCAUCACCUUAGAGAGCAGCAUCUCGUACAUGUUCACUGUGGAGGGGAUGAACACUGUCACCGUGCAAGUCGCUGGGGGAAACACCCUCAUCCAGGACACCAAGGAGGUGGCAGUGCAUGAGUAUUUCCAAUCUCAGCUGCUGUCAUUUUCUCCCAACUUGGACUACUAUAACCCUGACAUCCCUGAAUGGAGACAAGAUGUUGGCAAAGUCAUCAAGAGAGCACUAGCACAGGUGACUGGUAUCCCUGAUGAACAGAUCCUGGUAGCUGUGUUCCCUGGGCUGCCUACAUCUGCUGAACUCUUCAUACUGCCCCACAAAAACACAACAGAGAGGAGGAAAAGCAGUGAGGCUGAUCUGGAGCAAGUGGUAGAAAUCCUUUUUAAUGCUCUCAACCAGAACCUGGUCCAGUUUGAACUGAAGCCUGGCGUUGAAGUGGUUGUGUAUGUUACUCAGUUAACAUUAGCACCCCUUGUGGAUUCCAGCUCGGGUCACAGCAGUUCAGCAAUGCUGAUGUUGUUGUCGGUGGUGUUUGUGGGCUUGGCUGUUUUUUUAAUCUACAAAUUCAAGAGGAAAAUCCCUUGGAUUAACAUCUAUGCCCAAGUUCAGCAUGAUAAGGAGCAGGAAAUGAUUGGCUCUGUCAGCCAAAGUGAAAAUGCCCCCAAAAUCACCCUGAGUGAGUUCACAGACCCUGAGGAGCUGAUGGACAAAGAGCUGGACACACGAGUGAUGGGAAGCAUCUCAACAAUUGCCAACAGUGAAAGCACAAAGGAAAUCCCCAACUGCACUAGUGUUUAAUACUGAGAAUCCACUUGAUCUACAGCGUUUCUGACUUUUUAUUUGUAAUUAUUAUUGUUAUAAU